UCGUUGAAUUUCUUGACUGCAUUUUCAGAAAUCUGUAGCUGUGUCUAGUUAAUGCUAUACCUUGAUUUUUGUUGUAAAAUGCGCAUGUGCCGGAGUUCAUCCUAUUUGGUCAAUAAUUAGUUGUGCCAUGUCAAACACAGGGAUGAAAUGUCUGAGGACCCAUGCAGGCAUGUAUUGAGCCUCAUAUUGGUUAUUUGCUGGGAAUAUCUUGGGUAUUUAUAUAGGAUAAAGGAACCCAAAUAAUAUCUUCCGGCUAUUUUUUUUGGGUGAGGUUCUGGGUUAUUACAAAUUGUAUAUAUUUGGAUGAGCUAGAAGUAUGCCCCAAUGAGAAUAUGAUACAUUGUAGUGCAGACAGUGAGGGAUUGGAAGAAGAAAUUACUCGAGUUAUGCUCUAUCGGAACUUAAACUUGAGUUUGAGAAGAUCAGCAGCAACCUACCUUUGAUCUUGGAUGUCAGGCAUUCAAACGACUGAAUCCCUGUUACACACUGUGGUGAAUGUGGCAUCAGCAGGUAAUACAUUCAAAAGCUUAAAAGCCUGAAGAAGAACAAGAGCAUAAAUGAUCUGGGUAAUUUCAUUGUUGAUUGCUCUCCAGCAGCUCAUUCAGUGAAUGUAAUUGUGAGUCCUUCAGUGAUAGAUUUUGGUUCUAUAGAGGCAAGUGUCAAGGCAAGGACCCUCAUAAAAAGCUCACUGUUCUUCAAGCUUGGCUCUUCAGAUGGUACAAUGGGACAUGUUAGAUCAAGAUAGGCCAGUACUGGACAAGUAGAAUCCUAGAGUCGAGAAGUGCUCCUUCUGGGCCUUUGAACGCCUUAUCGCAAAAAUCCAGGAUGGCAGUAAUUCCUCCUAUGAAGCAAAAAUAUGAGUAUGACUUCUCUGAUGAGAUGCUUCUGUCUUGCUCAACUACAAACUCCCUAUGUUCAUAUUGGUCCUCUUCAUCGGCACAUUACUCUAUUUCAACCGGGCUUCUUCGCUGCAUAUGGAAGAGUGGGAUGCCUCAUUUUGUGUUCUCUGUGAAUGAUGAUCUGAAGGAAUUAUAUUUAGCCAGUCCUCUAAAAAUCAAGGCCUCGGUUGACAAAGCCAUGGACUACAUGUACUUGUUUCAUUCGAAAACUUAUAGUAAAAAGGAUCCCAGAAACCCUGUCAAUAGCGCCUUGAAUUUUGUUGGGAAGAUGAAGGUAUCAAGUUCACUAGUUCUGAAUUCCAAUCGAUCUAAAUUCGUAGAGACUGAGUUUGUCUUAUUUGGUGCUAGUGAAGACCAUUCCAAAGAAAUGCAAAGGUCCUCCUCUUCUCUUGUGAAAAGCAAGGGGUUAUCCAAGAAAGUGGCAGGAAUUGUUAGAUCAAGUCAUUCAUCUAAGUGUACAUCUACCCAAGUUGGUGAAGCAAGCUCUCAAUCUGAGGAUCUGGAGGAACUGUUUAUAGAUGAGUUGAGCAAUAUUGAUGAAUCAUUUGCUUUGAAUCACCUUGCAGAUGAUUUCCCACCCAGUACUGAGUUGGCUGCAGUUGUUGUGGAAGACUAUCAGCAUGAUAGCAAUAAACUGGCAGCUGGUGGUGGUUGGGGCCUUAAGUUUCUCAAGAGAGCUGGUCAUGUUGAUAAUUGUCCAGAGCCUUCAUCUGCUUUGGAAAAUAGUGAAGAAAGUCUUGUGAGAACUUCCAGGAAACAUCCCAGGAGCAUGAAUGUUCUAGUUCCAGCUGGUUUUCAUGGUGGUCCACUUAUCAGAACUGGUGGCCCUUCUGGUCUUAUUGAGAGAUGGAGGUCAGGUGGACAUUGUGACUGUGGUGGGUGGGACAUUGGGUGUCCUCUGACAGUGCUUAAAAACAACUCUAUUUAUUCAAAAGCUUUGCUGGCGGAGGGGUUGCAAGAGGACUGCAUGUCAGUUGACUUAUUUAUGGAGG